GUUCCUCGGAAAAGUCGGCCCUGCAUCACGGGCGCCUUCAAGCAUGAGCAAGCUUUACGACGUUAUCAUCGCUGGUGCAGGGCCCAUUGGGCUCUUUCUAGCCUGCGAGCUAGGACUGGCGCGUAUGUCUGUGUUGGUCCUCGAGCGGGAUGUCAAGGCUGAAUCGGCGUGGAAAGGCGAGCCUCUGGGGUUUCGUGGCAUGAAUACGCCCUCUCUUGAAAGCUUCUAUCGACGAGGCCUCCUACACAAACUCUUUAGCUCAGCUGAGCGACCUUCGUUUUACCAGAAAACCCCGGGCUUCCAAUUUGGCGGCCACUUCGCCGGUAUCCCGCUUAACGCCAACAAGUUGGAGAUGGAUCGCUGGAAAUAUCGUAUUCCUGGCCCGGCCUUGGUACCCGGUCCCACGACUAUCGAGCAGGUCGAGGCCGUACUUACGGAACGUGCUGAGCAACUGGGCGUCACCAUACUAAGAGGCAAUGGCUUCACAAAGAUUGUGUCUGACGACGACGAUACUCUCACAGUGGAAGCUGGAGAAACCCAGAUUUUUCGGGGGAAGUGGCUCGUGGGAUGCGACGGCGGUCGAAGCGUGGUUCGUAAAUCGGCAGGAUUUGACUUCGUUGGAACGGAGCCCAAAUUCACGGGCUAUGUGGUCCAGUGCGAGUGGGAUCACCCUGAGAAACUGAAGCAGGGUUUUCAUAUUACAAACGCCGGCUUAUACAUCAUAAGGCAUCCGGAAACUCUCUAUCUGACCGAUUUUGACGGCGGUGCCUUUGAUCGCACGACAGAAGUGGGCCAGGAGCACAUUCAAAGCGUCUUCCGCCGCAUAUCUGGAAUCACAGAUGUUAACAUCACGAAGAUACACCUCGCCUCAACUUUUACCGACCGGUGCAAACAAGCCACAAGUUAUCGCAAGGGCCGUGUCCUGCUUGCUGGUGAUGCCGCCCAUAUUCACGGGCCUCUUGGGGGCCAGGGCAUGAACCUCGGGUUGGGUGACGCUAUGAACUUGGGCUGGAAGCUUGCCGCGACCAUAAGAAGAGAAUCCGGAGCCGAUGGCGCUCCAGCAGACCUGGCACUUCUCGACUCAUACGAGAGCGAGCGUCACCCUGUUGGGGUGCGUGUGCUUCAAUGGACGCGCGCACAAGUCGUCGUGCUGCAACCAGACCCCUACGGCGAAGCUGUCCAGGCCCUCAUUCGUGACCUUAUUGACACUACUGACGGAACCAAUUUCUUCAUCGGGCGCUUCUCGGGCAUGUCUCAACGGUAUAUACUUGGCGACGGCGAGGCGCACGCUCACCCACUCGUUGGCUGCAGCGCUCCAGAUUUCGAGCUGCAUGACGGCUCGAGGCUAGGAUCCAAGUUGGAAGGAGGCCGGGGACUUCUCAUCGAUUUUGAAGACGACGCGAUCCUCAAGCAGUUGACUGUCGACGGAAAGUACGAAGCAAGGGUGGAAUAUAUUGGCCUCGGCGCACAAGAUACGCGUGGACUUCGUGCUUUGUUGGUCCGACCUGAUGGGAUUGUUGCUUGGGUGGUUGAUGGUAAUGCAAAACCAGACAUGGACGCGGCCAAGGCGGCACUGGAGCGGUGGUUUGGGUUCUAAGUUUCCAACCAAAGACUGCCAUAUGUACAUCAUCGACGCAACACAGCUCAGCCUCUGUUUUCUUGACACAUCAAUCAAUACUAGACUACUCUGUUCCUGGAUCAACACCAUCGGUCUAUCCCCAGCCUCCAUCCCAGACAUGAACACGAAUUUGACCGGAAUACAGACGCAAGUAUACCAAUGACAGAUCAAAAGAUUACCAAAGAGCAUGGUCAAUCUAAGAGCGGGGGGUGUCACGCCGACAUGAAUUUCUCAAUCAGGUUUCCACUCGACCAUCUCUCUCCUUUGGGAUUGCUACCUAUCGAAACUAGGCAGAUGGAAUGGAACUUAGGCAUCGAAGAACCAACUGCAUACCUAAGGACAUUGAAUACCUCUGCUGGUCAGUCUUCAUGCGACAUUCUUCUAGUGCAAGAAGUGGAGGGGUAGCUAUCUAACCCUGCUUUUACUUUUCAACAAGCC